UUUAAUUAUUUUUUAAGUGUAUGAAACUAAAAAACUAUAUAAAACAAAAACAAAUAUAAAUAUCUGAUGUCAUCAGCAGUGGAAGGUAUGAAAAUAUCGCGAGUUGCCUUGCAUAAAGAAAUUACAUUGUCAUAGUGAUAUUGAUUAAACAAGGAAUGGCUUGAGAAAUCUUAUAUUGUAAUUCAUACAAUCGUAUUUGCCUUCAUUUUUAAAACACAGAAUAAUGGAACAAUCUCAAUUGCAAAAACGACUCAUUGAGGCAUUUGAUGUAUUUGAUAAUGCGAAAAGCCACCAAGUGGAUGUUAGAGAAUUAGGAACAAUAAUUAGAUCUGUCGGAUGUGUCAUUACUGAAGCAGAGUUACAAGAAAUACAAGUGGAAGUAGAAGAUGUUGAAAAUAAUUGUGUGCCACAAGCUCGUUUUGUAGAAUAUAUGUGCAAAGCAAUUAGUGAACAAAAGUAUAAACCGGCGGAUCCUGAAGAUCUGUUAAAAGCAUUUCAAGUUUUGGAUCCAGAUAAUCGUGGUUACAUUUUGAAAGACGAUUUGGAAAAAGCAGUAAUGGAAAUUGGAGAACCAUUUACUAGCCAAGAAGUAAAUGAAAUGAUGUCUGUUGCAUGUGAUCCACAAACAAAUAAAAUUAACUAUGAACAUUAUAUUAAUUUAUUGAUUGUUGAAUGAUCUUUAGAUAAUGUGACAUAAAAACAGAUAAAUACAAUGUGGUUUAAACUUUCUUCAACAGUGUGAUCUCUUGAAUAAUUUAAGUUAAGUUUUGAAGUUUGUACAGCUACUGGACUUUUGGUAGCAAUUUGUUUUGCAACAUCCAAAGCUUUAUCCAUCAAACUAAAAACAAAUGAUUUAAUGCAAUGGAAUUAUUAUUUAAUUAAACAUAAAUAUUUUAUUAUUUAAACAAUAAAAUAACAAUAAACCUUUUAUGAUCAGGUAAAACUUCGCUCACAAAGCCACAUGUGAGUGCUUCUGGUGCAAACAUUUUCCUAGCUGUAUAAGCAAGAUCUUUAACUAAACUUUGUGAUCCAAUAAUUUUUGGCAGUCUUUGUAAUGUACCAACAUCAGCAGCUAAUCCUAAAUCUACUUCUUUAAUUUGAAACCAAGCAUCUGAUGAACAAUAGCGAAUAUCAGUAGAACAUAACAUAUCCACUGCACCACCAACACAUGCUCCAUGAGCAGCAGCAAUCACUGGUUUAACACACUAAAAUUUGUUAAUUUAUAAAAGUAUACGAAUUCAACAAUGCUA